GGUGCUGGCUACGCGGCGCUACCAAAAGAACCCCUCGGCGACUGAGGGAGAAUAUUGAGGGGCAAUGUCUAUGACUUGUGAUAUAGUUUCACAAGCUUUCUGCUCCCUUCUGUCUCUUUCCGGCGGGACCGUGGAGUCUAUCUGCCCAGUUGCCCCUAUGAGGGUGAGCGACCAUCUGAGUUCCUGCACCAAAGUCAGGGAAGACUGUUUCACGGGCUGCCAACCUUGUUCUGCCAACCAAAGACUAAAGGAUCAGGAUGAGCAUAUGAAGCAGCAAGGCAGGAGAGGACCAAGUGCAUACAUUCCGGUUUCACAGCUCACAGGUCCUGUCUUGGGUGACAAUAUUGCUGCCGUGAUGGGACUGCACCCGGAAUACCUGCACAUCUUCUGGAAAACACAACAUCAGCUACUCCGCAUGGAUGGAGCUCUUUCACUUCCAGAGAGGCACUAUGUGGCCAUUAUGGCCUCAGCUCGGCACCAGUGUUCGUACCUAGUCUCCCUCCAUUCCUCCUGCUUUCUACAAGUUGGAGGGGAUCCUCGCUGGUUGAAAGGGCUGGCAUCUGCUCCAAUGAAACUGCGCAGGCUGAAUGAUCUCAACAAAAUUCUUGCUCAUAGACCUUGGCUUAUCACCAAAGAACUUGUAGAGUCGCUUCUGUGCUCCCGAGACGGCCACUUCUGGUCUCUAGCAGAACUGAUUCAUGCAAUUGUCCUGCUCACUCAUUUUCAUUCACUAUCCUCGUUUAUCCUGGGUUGUGGAAUCUACCCCCUGGAGGGGCAAGACAGCACUUCACGGCCCCCUUCCCCCGACAUGUCCACCAAUGAGGAGUGCAGUACUCUGCGGGAAGCUGAGCGGCUCUUAGCUCAAAUGAGACAGUUGGAUGAGGAAGAAGCAGAAACAUCUCAAGAAGAAAUGGAGACCAGAUUUGAACGGGAGAAGGAAGAUAGUUUGACAGUGACUUCAGAUGAUGCCAUUGCACAACCUGUCAGUUCACCCAGCGUGUCCUGCUUUCUGGAAGACCCAGAUUUUGGCUACAUUGAUUUCACUAGACGGGGGGAACAAGCUCCACCAACCUUCCGUGCUCAUGACUACACAUGGGAGGAUCAUGGUUUCUCAUUGCUACACAGGCUGUAUCCAGAAGUGGGGCAGUUGCUAGAUGACAAGUUUCAGGUGGCAUACAACCUGACCUACCACACAAUUGCCACUAUCCAAAGUGUAGACACAUCCAAACUUCGCAGAGCCAUUUGGAACUAUAUCCAGUGUAUCUAUGGCAUCCGAUAUGAUGACUAUGAUUAUGGAGAAGUGAAUCAACUGCUAGAGAGAAACUUGAAGGUGUAUAUGAAGAUGGUGACCUGCCAUCCAGAGAGAGUGACACGCUACCUGUACAAUGACUUCUGGAGGCAGUUUAAGCACUCUGAGAAGGUUCACUUGAACUUGCUGCUGUUAGAAGCCCGUCUGCAAGCGGCUCUGCUUUAUAGUCUCAGGGCCAUUACCCGCUACAUGACAUGAGCACAAAGUGACGUCAUUCCUUCUGCCUACCUUAUGGGGUGUCAAUGCUUGGAGCCGAGACCAGGAUUAACCCUUUAGCACAUUGAAUGCGUGUUUGCACUGAUUUUGAAGAAAGACCUUUUUAUGGGUGGAGAGGGUUUUCCCUUUCCUCACUCUCCGGAGAGCUUUACCUUUCCACUUGCUGCAGUAUACAGCCCUUGCUGUUAAUAGGGGCAAGCUCUCCUGCAUUUGUUACUUAAUCUAAAAUUUGCUCAUCACCCCCUUUAUUUGAUACUUUUUUCUUUAUAAAAAGGGGUGCAUUUCUUAAGUUAUGAUAUUAUUUACUUUUUGUAGUUGCUCUCCCAUGUAGUUUUGAGUUUUCUUUCCCUUACUGAUGGGGAAUAUAUUUCCCUAAUACCGUUUACAGCACAGCACUUUGGUUAUAUGAAUGUGUAUGUAGCAUACAUGUGUAUGUGUUUAAAUGUCUACAUACAUGCACACUUGAGAUCCGCUUAUCUGGCUGUGUACUAUAGAAAGUUGUGUACAGAUCUCUACAUCUUUUCAUUUCUGUGCACGUGUAGCCUUGGUACACAUUCAAUUUAUUUUGUUUGUUUUUUUUCUGUCCUUUUUUUUUUCUCUCACCAGUUUGUUCUUUUUAAUAGUUUACACAACACCCAAAAAUCUGUUGUAGAAGCCAUUUAUAAUUCCAUAUCCUGUAACACAAGCAACCUAAAUGAAGGUGAAGGAUUUAUACUAUGGUUACAGAUUCUCCCUUAACCAGCAUUAGUGCAGUAUUUCUAAAUGUUGUGAUGAAGAAAUCACUUAUUUUUCUACCUCUGAUUUAUAGGCACCUUUUAAUCGCACAGGGAAUUUUUAUACUGUGAAUAUAUAUUAAGCUGCGGUCCAGACCCUGUUGAAUGUAUAUCUUGCUAUAGAGGGGUCUAUAGGUGGCCCUGAUAAUUUAUUUUUUUCGAUUUGCUGUUAUCUCUGAAAUCUUGUUACAGGAACAUAGUUUUCAGUCUUUGUAAACUUGUGUGGAAUAAAGAUUUUGGUUAUUA